UAUUUUUUAAACCUCGAGUCCACACCAAGCUCACUUGCACUCUGCCGCACCGCGGACGACGCCUCUUCGCCGGGCAUAAAAAAAGCGGAUUUUAUCGUUUAAAUUGAACUGGCACAUAAGAGAAGUGCGUGGAAGACUAUUUCCUGCUUUUUUUCUUCUUCACGAUUUCUACGUGAUUAAGGUCCUUGCAGUGAACCAGGCAGCCAGUGUGUGAAUAUGUUUGUGUGAGCUUUUUCGCUGGUGCAUGCAUCCUUCUCACUGAGUGUGUGUGCGUGUGGAGAUGAAGGCGGCCCGCUCCUCAUCACUGCGGCUCCUGCUGCUGGUUAGCUGCUGUGUGUGCGUGGCGGCCGCCUACCCAUUCCGACCGCCGCUGGAUCUCGACGUGACUCCGCGUGUCACCGUCUUGAGCAAUAGUCUGCAGGGCUGCAGGCGCUUCAGCUCCUCCUCGGCCGUCAACUACAGCACCAUGCUGCUGGAGGCGGACAGCCAGCGCCUCUACGUCGGGGCCCGGGGGGCGGCGUUUGCGCUCAACGCCGCUGACGUCUCAGCCGCUCCCGCGCUCAUUAUGGAGUGGGAGGCCUCCCCCGAGCAAAAACGCCAGUGUCUUCUCAAGGGGAAAGACAACAAGACGGAGUGUUUCAAUCACAUCCGCUUCCUGCAGAGGUUCAACGCCACGCACCUGUACAUGUGCGGAACGCACGCCUUCAGUCCUCUGUGUGCAUAUAUUGAUGCUGAAAAAUUUGAGAUGUCUCUGCCCGAAGAGGGCCGAGACAAAUGUCCCUACAGCCCUACAACGGGAUACACCGGCCUCAUCGUUGACCAGGAGCUGUUUACCGCUUCCCAAUAUGAGUUUCGAAGCUUCCCCGAUAUCCGCCGCAACUCUCCCACUCUGAAGACCGAGGACGCUCCCACACGAUGGUUAAAUGAGGCCAACUUUGUGGGCUCGGCAUUGGUGAGGGAGAGCUUGAGCAGUAGUAUCGACGGCGACGACGACAAGAUCUACUUCUUCUUCACCGAGGGCGGCCAGGAGCACGGCGCCGCCUCCGGCGGCCACGGAAGGGUGGCGAGAGUGGCUCGGAUUUGCAAGGGAGACCGAGGAGGCCUCCUGACCCUCCAGAAACGUUGGACGUCUUUCCUCAAGGUCCGGCUGAUGUGCUCCCUGCCAGAGUACGACUUCCACUUCAACGAGCUGCGCAGCGUCUUCGUGGUGCCCGGAGACACGCCGCAGGACACGCUCUUCUACGCAAUCUUCGGCCUGGGCUGGAAAAACAUAAAGGCGUCUGCGUUGUGUCGCUUCUCGCUGUCUGAUGUCCAAAAGGCGUUCCAAGGGCCUUACAUGGAGACGCAGGACUCCAACUGGAAGGAGUACAGUGGAAAAAUACCUGACCCACGACCUGGAACGUGUAUCACAGACACCACGAGGGCCAAGGGCAUCAACGUGUCCACCUCCCUACCCGAUGACGUGCUCAACUUUGUCCGAAGGCACCCGCUCAUGUCCCAGCAGGUCCAGGCUUUCGACCGCCGCCCCCUGUUGUUCAGGAGGACCACAGACUACACUCGCAUGGCGGUGAACGUCGUCCAAGGCUUGGAUGGCAACGAGUACCAUGUGUUGUAUAUGGGAACAGAUGAAGGCUGGCUGCACAAGGCCGUCCACGUGGAGGGUCUGCUGCACAUCAUCGAGGAGCUGCAGCUCUUUGAAAACCCGCACCCUGUGGACAAUGUGAUCAUCUCAGUUGAUCAGAUGAGCGUGUAUGUGGGCUCCCCGUCGGGCGUAGUGCAGCUGCCCCUUUUCAGCUGCCGUCGGUACGCCUCCUGCUACGACUGCAUCUUCGCCAGGGACCCCCACUGCGCCUGGAGCGGGGACCAAUGCGUGGACGUCAUGAUGUCCACCGACAAAUCCACGUUGAUCCAGGACAUCCAGCAAGGCAGCAGGGGCUGUGAUGACUCUCAAACGGAAGUGUCCACGCGCAGCCGCUCGGUGCGAGUGGGCGACGACGUGCUGCUGCAGUGCGAGCUCAGCUCCAACCUAGCCGCGCCGCUGUGGACGCUAGGCGGCCAGGAGCUACACGGCUACGGCCUCAGCUCCGGCUUCCGGACCGGCACCGACGGCCUGCUCAUCAUCCGGGCCCGCCAAGACCAAAGCGGCCUUUACACCUGCUACAGCGUGGAGAACAACAUCCAAGUUGCCGUGGUUACCUACAACGUCACCGUUUCUCCCGACUCGUCUUCUUCGCCCAUGGGAAACCCUCGCCGCCACUUCAACGCCGCGACGCCCGCUCCCUCCGAGAUGGCCCCGGUGCCUCGGAUGCCGCACUCGGAGCUGCUUUCCGCCAAGAACAUGGAAACAAUGUAUCUGUCCCUCAUCACCAUCCUGGGCAGCCUAUGCGUGGUUCUCGCCGUGGUGCUGUUCUACCUGGGCUUCUGCCUGCGGGUUGGCACCCGAGGGAAGUACUCGCUACCCACGGCGGCCGCGGCGUACCAGAGCGGGAAGAGAGACCCCAGGAAACAACAGCGAAAUUCCACCCACUUGGAGCUAAAGACCAUCUCCAGCAACGGACACGCCGUCCACAACGGCGUCUCCAAGCCACCAAACGGCAACGUCGACGAAGGAGCCUUCCUGCAAAUCGUCCCGGGCGAGGCUUACACCUCACCCAACGAGGAGAAAGCCUCCCCGCCGCCGGCCCCGCCGCUGCCCGUCACGCCCGAGAGCAACUUCCCCAACGGGUUCUCGGCCACCCUGCCCAGCGUCCUGCGGCGGAUGAACGGCAACAGCUACGUGCUGCUCACCCAAAGCGACACGCCGCACUGCUCGUCCAUUUCCGAGGAACUCAACAGGAUCUUCGAGAAGCGCAAAUGCACUCAGCUGACGGCCAGACCGGACGAGAGCUCGGUGUAGCCCGGGGGACGUGAGACUCGCUUUGCUCAAGUUUUCAAGGGUGUCAAGGGAAUGAUGGCAAAAGUGUGAAACAGAAGUGGCGAGAAAAAAAACAAAAAACAUUCUACCUCACUUCAUUUGUUCCCUGAGAGACACUUGCAACCUCUCUGGAAUUAGCAAAAUUCCAGGUGGUUCAGAUCAUGAAUAGAUGGAUGUAAUCCUUUAUUUUCUUUAUUUAAUUUUCUCUCGUUCGAGUUAAACUGGUGGGACGUGGCCACGAUUAACCAGUCACCAAAAAUUCCCCAUCUUAAAUUCCCCUGGAAAUUUACCAGAAACUCGAUCCUUUGCAACUCUAAAGCUGGGCUCAAAGGAAGACGGCAGCUAUAGCUAAACUUUGUUAGCAUUAACUCGGUACAAAAAUGACCCUAUGCAUUUUUAAAAUGUGUCACUCACAAUUUUUAUUCGACUCUACUCACAAAAAAUAAAUUUGGGCACUGAUCAUA